AUGCUCGCGGCUGCUAUGGCUGAGAUCACCGACCUUCCGGCUGAGCUGAAGCUCGACAUCUUCGAACGCAUUCCAGCUCGCGAUAUUCAACGCUGCAGACGGGUCUGCCGGGACUUUCGCGACACGAUCGGUGCCAACACUCCCGCUCUGUCCCGCGACAUUUGUGCUCGCCAGGUGGCGCGACUCACGGCCAAGGUUGACUAUGUCUACGACUACGACCCCAGCCAAGUCACUUUCUUGGAGGCCCUUCGUCGAUGGUGCACGCAUCGCGGUGUUCCCCUUGAACAGCACAUGCGAGCGCAAGAUCUCCGUCUCUUUGCUGAGCUCUAUCUCUUCAAUUUCUUACGACACGGACUAAAGGCAGAUCAAGUGUGCUCUGAGCACGAUGUCACCCUCCCAUUUCCGGCUGAUAGUGUCGCGGAAGCUAUUGUUAAUGCCCUUUUGGAUCAGCUUAUCUGGAUUGCUAUUACAAUGGUAGAACUUCUUGUUAAGAAAUAUAAGCCAGAGGGAUUUCACUCCUUCAGUACUUUCCAGGACAAAGUAUCCUUCGCGGACGAUCAUGAAUGGCAGGAUCUGUCUUCUAUUCCAGAGUUCGGUCGAGCAUGGGCAGAAGAAAUUUUCGAGACGGCGGCUAUGCAACCAGAGCCUCUUGGUUGUACAUUUCGGUUACGACAAGAGCAAGAAAGUACCCUCCACAGCAUUCUACCCUUGAGCGAGCUGAGAGCGUCUCCAUUCAUCUACAGAGAUGGACCUUAUCCGUUCAGCGCCAGGAUGGAUACUCACCAAGGUAUUUCCACCGUGCCCGAGCUGGUGCGCACCUUCGAGGUCCCAUUCUUGCCGUGGCGGCACUUUGCUGAGCAUGCCGUCACUUACUGCGUCAAGAGCGAUUGGGCUUAUACCGAGAUCGAGCGUACUCGGUCGCUGGAACAGAAAUUGCGACUGGAACUGCUAAAGAAGGCGGCGAUCCUGCAGGACAUAUACAUUUAUUGA